UGGGCGGUGCAGGACUUGCCCAACAUUUCCCAACGAUUCCCAACAGUUCCCAACGCGAUGGGUCAUAUUUUCCUCAAACGCCUCGAAUUAUCGUUUCUGCCUUGUCGCACCUACACCUCCACGGGGGUGCCAUGAGUCAUGUGUAUAUAUCCCCGACCAUCUGAAGCAGAAAUCAAGCUCGACCGACCGAUCGGCUCCUCGGCACCCUUCACCACUACCCUAGCUCAGCAUCCAAACCUCCAAGGCUCCCACAAAUAUCACUAUGCACUAUGGGGUACUCCGUGCCAAUUGACGCCAUCGCCGGGACGGAUUUCAGACCCAACCCCGAUUUCCUCACCCCCGGCCGCUUCCGAUUCAUCGUCUGCUCCGACUUCAUCUCCAAGCGACGUCUGCGCGUGGUGGAAUACAAAACCCUUCCCAACAAGGACAGCGCUCCGUACGCGGCGGUCUCGUACCCCUGGAACGGACUGAAGGCCUGUGGGUGCUCCCAGCCGUCGCAGUUCUUUCAGCUGCCCUUGGAGGGAGGACAGCUCAGCGACCGAAUCAGCAUCGCGGUGUUGCAGACGGCCUGCCGAGCGGCGCGACAACUCGGCGCCGAUCUCCUGUGGAUCGACCAGAUCUGCAUCGUCCAGACUGAUGCAUAUGACAAGGAGUGGCAGAUUGCGCGGAUGUUUGCCUUGUACGAGCGGUGCAAGGCGUCUCUGGUUCUUCCCGGCGGGCUGCAGAGGCUCGCUGCUCCCGAUGAGAGCACAAACUGGAUUGAGCGAUCGUGGACGCUGCAGGAGGCUAUGCCAAAGGCAACCUAUACCAUCUUUCGCUGGCGGCUGGGCAGCGGAGAGGCUCGCGGACUGACUGCAGGCCGCAUCGACGAGAUAGAGGAGGGCGAAACCGCGAUGAUGGAGCUCGGGAAGAUGCUGCAGGCGGCUUUCGUGGGUGGGCUCCCGUGGGGUGACGACCGGCAAUCGAUUCGCCUCAAGAUAUUCGGUCCGAACCGAGACCCCAUCCUAGCUCUCAUGGGCGUCAAGGAAGCAAGGUCGACGGAGAUGAGGGACAUGGCCGUUUGGAGGAGCGCCCUUCUCCGGACAUGUUCCCAGCCCCGGGACACAAUCUUGAGCAUCAUGGGCAUCUUCGGAGUCACGUUGGAUGUCGGCAGCUACGAGAAGGACGAUAGGGAGAAGGCAGCGGCGGACUUGGCGUUUGAGAUUCUGAAGAACAGGCGCAGGCCUUCCUGGUUGGGCGCCGCCCCGGGGUGCGGCAACAUGCCCAAUAUGUGCUCCAUGCCGUCGUUCCCGGUCGUGGAUGGCCGCGACGUCUACUACUCUGUGGACGGACAGAAAAAGAAGGCCUGGGAUGUCAUAGGCACGGGUCUUACCUGGUUCGUCAAGGAGGCUGCCAAAGCAACCAUGGAAACAAGGGGCAGCGGCCGUUUGCAUCUAACAGCCAAAACUCUGCGCAUCAAGCUUGGGGCUUCACGGUCGAGCUCCACCUCGUACUGGGAGGGCUUCGGGUUCGAGGCGGCGAUGGUGUUGGACGAGGGCGCCGAGAGGGGUAGGGCCGUGGGUCCCAUCCAUCUCUCGCGCUCCCUUCUGCAAGGAGACUACCAGGCACUGGUGGUCGGCCUGAUAGAGCACUUUCAACUUCCCGCCACUGCAGCAAGGGCCCAGGGCGGAGCAGCUCUUCUCAUGAUACUAAGAUGGAACUACGCCAUGAAAGGGUGGGAACCUCUGACUUAUGGGACGCUCGGGAGCGUAGAGGAUGUCGCGAGGAGUUGGCCAAAGUGCAUCCACGCCAUUGGAUGUUGAGUGAGUUUCUAGUAUUAAUUGUUUAUGACGAGUAUUUGUAGAGUCUCACUCGACUUGAAUUGUUUCUAGCCCAGUCCGUCGCAAUCGCAGAACCUGAGCAGGGGUGAGGCACGCCUGAGCACCGCCUGAGCCGAGGAGAGUUCAAUUGCAAUUUUUACCUGAGAGCCAUUUCUGUAGAUUACGCGUCAUCUAACUUUCCAUUGA